AUGAAUAAAGAUGAUGUUAUAAAUUUCUUAUAUCCCGCAUCUAAAGAAGAAAAACCUAAAGAACCUGAUGUUUUCCCUGAAUAUUAUGAAGAACGGAUUAAAGAUGAUGAAUACAAUGAAAUUGAAAGACUGGAAAAAAUAAGAGAUGAAAUAGAUGAAAAAAUUAAGGAAUUAAGAGAAGUUGAAAAAUAUAAUGAAAAUGAAGUAGAGGGUUUAAUGAAUAUCCCAGCUUCAGAAUCAGCAGUUCAGAAAUCUCAUGAAGAAAGAUAUAAAAAUUAUGUCUCAGAAUCAACACAAAAUUUAUUAGAUGGUGAAAUAGAUGAAACACUUUCAGAAGAAGGUACUAAAUUUAUUCGUAAACAUAAGUUACAAUUUAUUGAUAAUGAAGAAUACCCCUGUAUCCUACUUUCACCACCUUUAGAUUCCGAAAAAUUCAAAAAAGCUCUUAAAAAC